AUGGCAAUUUAUCAAAUCAUUCUCGGAAUCACUGUAGGAGUUGCCUUAUUGGCCUAUUUCUCUAAUAAACCUUAGAAUAAAGAAGAAAAAGGAAAGGAAUAAAAAAAUUAAGAUAACAAUAAGUAACCUAAGAAAAAUGAAAGUGGUUUAGAUGAAUAAAAACAGAGGAAAUUGGAUAAAUAUGUAAAUGCUUUAGAGAGUAGCUCUGUUAAAGAUUUCUAAGCUAUGAUUAAAAAAAUUGAUGAUUAAGAAGAGAGGAAAGAAGUUUUAGAGUUAUUAAAAAGUCAGUAUUCUAAGGGUAAGGGAACUAGGCAUAAUACGGAGAAUAUGAGUAUGGAGGAGUAAUUUGCGGAUGCAGCUGACUCUUUUGGAAAGAACAUUUGUGUUUUGUUUUUAGAACUGAGCUUUUUAGCAAUUUUAGUACUAGGUGCUGGUUAUUUAUUUGGAUUUAUUAAUUUUGAGGAUGAUGUUACGAAAUGA